CCGACGCCACCUUCUCCUUCCCUCGCUCCGUCCGGCGGGGAAGCGCCGGCCUCGCAAGGGAGCCCGAGGGGGCCGCGGCGCUGGAGGGCCCCGCGAGGACGAGGCGGAAGAGGCGGCGGCGGGGCUGAGCAGGGAGGCUUCCCCGUCGCCCCGCUCCCUCCCUUCGCCGCCCUGGGCCCGCGGGAGCAGCAUGGCCGCCAGCCUGUGGAUGGGCGACCUGGAGCCAUAUAUGGAUGAGAACUUCAUUUCAAGAGCUUUCGCCACUAUGGGGGAGCUGGUUCUGAGCGUCAAAAUAAUUCGGAAUAGAUUGACAGGGAUUCCAGCAGGCUAUUGCUUUGUGGAAUUUGCUGAUCUAGCCACUGCUGAAAAGUGUUUACAUAAAAUCAACGGCAAACCUCUUCCUGGUGCCACACCUACAAAGCGAUUUAAAUUAAAUUACGCAACAUAUGGAAAGCAACCAGAUAACAGCCCAGAAUAUUCGCUGUUUGUGGGAGAUCUUUCCCCAGAUGUGGAUGAUGGGAUGAUAUAUGAAUUCUUUGUGAAAGUGUACCCAUCGUGCAGGGGUGGCAAGGUUGUUGUGGACCAGACAGGUGUUUCCAAGGGCUAUGGUUUUGUGAAAUUCUCAGAUGAAUUGGAACAGAAAAGAGCGCUGGUGGAGUGCCAGGGGGCCGUGGGUCUUGGUUCCAAACCAAUACGCUUGAGCGUUGCCAUACCAAAAGCUAACCGGCUGAAGACUGUCGAAUACAAUCAGAUGUACAGCUAUAACUACAACCAAUACUACCAGCAAUAUCAGAACUAUUACGCCCAAUGGGGGUACGACCAGAACACGGGCAGUUAUAGUUACAGCUAUCCACAGUACGGCUAUACACAAAGCACCAUGCAGACCUAUGAAGAGGUUGGUGAAGAUGCAUUAGAAGGCUUCCUUCCAUUUUCAGACCCGAUGCCCCAGAUGGACGUGAGUGAAGCCAACAAACAGUUUAUGGAACAGAGCGAAGAACUUUAUGAUGCCUUAAUAGAAUGUCAAUGGCAGCCUUUGGACAGUGUCUCUUCGGAGAUCCAAGCCGUAUAAGGGUCCGCAUUGCGGGUGCGUCGUCUCCAAGCAACAAGUCAGCGUUCCCUGGGCUUCUGCCAAGUGCACAGAACCAGCCGCUGCAAAAGGGUUGGCCUCCCUUUCCUCUGGAUCCCUGGCUCGAGAGUAGUACAGAGGAAGGCCCGUGGCACUUCCUGUACAUGGCGAGUGGCAGAGGAGCAUUGCAGUCACACUUUUAUUCAUGAUGGAGAUUUAGAACUGAAGACACUUAGUUUUUUUUGGGGGGGGGCUGUUUUGGUUUUUUAAAUUUUUUUGACUCAGAGCAGAUUAUUAAUACUUGUCGGAGUUGUAAUUUAUAAACUUUAAGAGAAAUGGGGGGAAAGUAUGGCGUGGGAAAACUUUUACUUUGGUGUACAAUAAAAAAAUUAUCUUUUCCACUGUA